AUGGCGACCUCGCUGCUUCGCUCCCUGUUCUUCCGCCACGCCGCUCUGACCCGGGUGUCCGCGGCGAUUGGAGGAACCCGGCUUCUCUCACCUUUACCCCUCUCCUGCCACGCAGAUGUGCCACUCAGGGCCAGGAUCCAUGGCGCCCGUCUGCUGUACCCAGACCAUAUCCCCACCACCCCGCUGCAAAAGAUGCUGCUGGCCGCGGGCUCCGCCGGGAUGGCGCUCUACAAUCCCUAUCGCCAUGACAUGGUUGCAGUUCUAGGAGAAACCACAGGAUGCGGAACCCUGACAUUCCUCAGGGACCAGAUGAAGAACCAUCCAGAGGGUGCCCAGAUCUUACAAGAUCGUCCCCGGAUCUCCCUGUCCACCCUUGACCUAAGCAAGCUCCAGAGCCUUCCCGAAGGCUCCCUGGGCCGUGAGUAUCUUCACUUCUUGGACGUGAACAGGGUCUCUCCAGAUACACGAGCACCUACUCGGUUCGUGGACGACGAAGAACUAGCCUAUGUGAUCCAGAGAUACCGUGAGGUGCACGACAUGCUCCACACCCUGCUGGGGAUGCCCACCACUAUGCUGGGAGAGAUUGUGGUAAAGUGGUUUGAGGCUGUGCAGACCGGCCUCCCCAUGUGCAUCCUGGGAGCACUCUUCGGACCCCUCCGCCUCCGUGCUCAGAGCCUGCCAGUGCUGUUGUCUGAGCUGAUCCCUUGGGCAAUUCAGAACGGGCGCAGGGCCCCAUGCGUCCUCAACAUCUACUACGAGAAGCGUUGGGAGCAGUCCCUGACAGCUCUGCGGGAGGAGCUGGGCAUCAGUCCUCCCCCGAAACAGAUCCAGGGCCUGCUGUAGC